AACAGAGAAACGGAUCAUUGGACCAGAGAAGCGUCUUAAUAAACGCUAACCUCUGUACCAUUCUUCUUCUUAAAAAUGAGAGAGUGCAUUUCCAUCCACAUUGGCCAGGCCGGCAUUCAGGUCGGAAAUGCUUGCUGGGAGCUUUAUUGCCUCGAGCAUGCCAUUCAGGCUGAUGGGCAGAUGCCGAGUGAUAAGACCAUAGGUGGUGGUGACGAUGCUUUCAACACCUUCUUCAGCGAGACCGGUGCCGGAAAGCACGUGCCUCGUGCAGUUUUCGUGGAUCUCGAGCCCACUGUCAUUGAUGAAAUCAGAACUGGCACAUACCGCCAAUUGUUCCAUCCUGAGCAGCUCAUCAGUGGAAAGGAAGAUGCAGCAAACAACUUCGCUCGUGGCCAUUAUACUAUUGGGAAGGAGAUAGUUGAUCUUUGCUUGGAUCGUAUCAGAAAGCUUGCGGACAACUGCACUGGUCUCCAGGGUUUUCUGGUUUUUAAUGCCGUUGGUGGUGGCACUGGUUCGGGUCUUGGAUCCCUUCUCUUGGAACGGCUUUCCGUAGAUUAUGGCAAGAAAUCCAAGCUGGGUUUCACUGUGUAUCCUUCACCACAAGUUUCAACCUCUGUUGUUGAGCCUUACAACAGUGUCCUUUCCACCCAUUCCCUUUUGGAGCACACUGAUGUUGCCGUGCUACUUGAUAACGAAGCCAUAUAUGAUAUUUGCAGGCGUUCCCUUGACAUUGAGAGACCCACUUACACUAACCUUAACCGCUUAGUUUCUCAGGUGAUAUCAUCACUGACUGCAUCUCUGAGAUUUGAUGGUGCCCUGAAUGUGGAUGUUACUGAGUUCCAGACUAACCUGGUACCAUAUCCGAGGAUUCACUUCAUGCUUUCAUCCUAUGCUCCCGUGAUUUCAGCAGAGAAGGCAUACCAUGAACAGCUUUCAGUUGCAGAGAUCACAAACAGCGCGUUUGAGCCAUCCUCUAUGAUGGCCAAGUGCGACCCUCGCCACGGCAAGUACAUGGCUUGUUGUCUGAUGUACAGAGGCGAUGUGGUUCCUAAAGAUGUUAAUGCAGCCGUAGCCAUUAUCAAGACAAAACGCACCAUCCAAUUUGUUGAUUGGUGUCCCACUGGGUUCAAGUGUGGCAUAAAUUAUCAGCCUCCAACAGUUGUUCCAGGGGGAGAUCUUGCCAAGGUGCAAAGAGCAGUGUGCAUGAUCUCCAACUCCACUAGUGUUGCUGAGGUUUUCUCACGCAUUGACCACAAAUUUGACCUUAUGUAUGCCAAGAGAGCGUUUGUGCACUGGUAUGUUGGUGAGGGCAUGGAAGAGGGUGAGUUCUCUGAGGCUCGUGAAGAUCUUGCUGCCCUUGAGAAGGAUUAUGAGGAGGUCGGAGCAGAGGCUAAUGAAGGUGAUGAAGGAGAGGAUGGAGAUGAGUAUUGAUUAGGGAGUUACUUUUUCGUGAUGGGGUUCUUUUAUGUACUUUCCUUGGCUUUAUUUUGUAAGUUGUUGCCAUAUAUGCUUGCUGUUAUCUGCAUGAAUGGUUUGUCCAUUUGAUGGAGCUUGUUCUGUCCCAGCACUAAAUAAUUUCAAUGACAUGAUUGUGGCGCUUUAGUUAAAAUUGAAAGGUUUAUGCGCAGUAAUUUGAUUGUCUUUGUGAUUGCGGAGCUUAAUUCUGUCUGAUUGCAUUUGAAAAAAAAAAGUAUAAAAACUUACAUCAUGGAUUGCA